GAUUUUGAAAUUUUUCUGGGGGAUUCUCAAAUAUGGGGAAGACUGGAUUGUUCGACCUUGAGAAGCACUUCGCUUUCUAUGGAGCUUAUCACAGCAAUCCGAUCAACAUUGCGAUACAUAUGAUCUUCGUCUGGCCCAUCUUCUUCACAGCUCUGUUACUCCUCUAUUUCACGCCAUCCAUAUUCAACGUGGAGUUUUCACUGUUUGGGAGCCAUGUCUUUCUGGCUUUCAACGUCGGCUUCUUGUUGACUUUGAUCUAUUCCGUGUUUUACUUCUUUCUGGAUCAUAAAGCUGGUUCCUUGGCUGCUCUGCUUUGUUUUAUUUGCUGGGUUGGCAGUAGUUUCCUUGCGAGUCGACUCGGGUUUUCGCUCUCUUGGAAGGUUGUUCUGGUGGCUCAGAUAGUGUGUUGGACCGGACAGUUUCUUGGCCAUGGGGCCUUUGAGAGACGGGCACCGGCUCUAUUGGACAACCUUGCACAAGCAUUUAUAAUGGCUCCUUUCUUUGUUUUGUUAGAGGCUCUGCAAAGCUUCUUUGGCUAUGAACCAUACCCAGGGUUUCAUGCAAUAGUUCAGGCAAAAGUUGAUGCUGAAAUUACUGAAUGGAAAGAAACGAAGCAGAGAUUGGUCUCGUAAUCUGCAUUUGGAUUUCUGUUUCAGAGAUGUGAAUUUAACUGUUGUUUCUGAGAAUAGGAAACAGUAUAGUAAAGAAUAAUGUAUGCCUUUUGUGAGUAGAAGCUUUGUAAAUUGAAUAUACUACAUAAAUGGAGAAGGACCCUGUUUUAUGAUAA